AUGGAUAAAGAUAAGCUGAUUGUGCCCAACCAAAUUGGCUACUUGAUACUCAAGGAUGAUGGAACCGUGCUGGAAUCUGGCGGCGAUCUUAAGAACGAUGAACGCAGCGCGAAUGUAAUAAUGGGACUGCUGAAUUUAACCGAAAGCAUCGAUGAGAACUUUAUGCCCAACAGCAGCUGUGAGCGCAUUACGAUUGAUUACGAACAUCAUAGCUACAGCAUUUGUAUGUCGAAUCGACGCAUUUACAUUGUGAAAUCGAGUAAAUCGUCCCACAAUGGAGCAACCACCAGUUCAUCAUCGUCGACCAGCGUUUAUAACGAUGCCACCGAAGGCAACAGCAAUGCAACAAAUCCCGCCAGCACGAGCAGCAGCACAGUGUUGGCUUGAAAAGACGCGACGCAGCCCAGCGCCGCUUGUUGUCGUUUCUGUCAACAUGGAACGACUACUCGAGACAGCGACAACGACUGGCGGCAUUACAAUUGGAAAACGCCCUUUAUUUAUUUGAUACUGCUGUUUAUUUGUCAAAAAAUACAUCAUCUGUGAGCUCUUGUUCAAAUAUACGCUUCGCUUCCUGCGUCACAUCUAACAAU